CAGUGUGUGUUAUCCAUAAGCAAUUAAAGUGAAAAACAAUUAAACGAGGGAAGAGAAGAAAUUAAGUGUGAAAAUGCAGGCAGGGAAGAAUGCAACGGCGUCCGCAAAGGAAGCGGCGGCCAACGUAGCGGCCUCCGCUAAGUCUGGCAUGGACAAGACCAAGGCCAGCGUGGACGAGAAGGUGGAAAAGAUGAAAGCCCAUGACCCAUUGCAGAAAGAAAUGGCGACCCAAAAGAAAGAGGAGAGGAAAACCCAGGCUGAACUGGAAAAGCAGGAGGCGCGUGCCCACAACGCGGCAGCCAAACAGGCGGAAAGGAUUGGAGCUGGCACUCAUUAUCCAACUGGUACAGGAACCACCGGCACAUAUUCAACCACAGGGGCCACAGGACACCCCACGGGGACCCACCCGCCGACUUCAGCCUUGCCUGGCCAUGGUAUUGGCCAGCCAGCAGUACAAGUGACCGAAGGUGUGGUGGGGUCGCAACCCAUUGGGACCCACACAGCUGGCACAGGAAGGACCACUGCCCAUGACCCCCGUGUCGAAGGGAACGCCCCAGGUUAUGGCAUCGGAAGACCCCUUUGAGCAUGGGCAUAUUAUAGUAAAAUGCCGUGUGCAAUAUUUAGUUAGUUUGAUGUUUGUGUAAUUUUAUUUAUUUAUUGGUUUGUUUUUCGGCAUAUAAGGUGUGGUGUGUUUCCGGGCUGGACCUUACAUGUGAACUUUGUAGUUGGCUGUUUCAUUUGAAUAAAAAGACCUAAAGAGUGGUCACGUAACCACUUUUUCAUCA